GGGAAGGCCGGGCGACGUCGAUCUUCAUCCGAAAUUGUCACAGAAGGAAAAAGGAAAAAGUCUUCAUCUUCUGAGUUACAUAAGGAUCCCACGUUGCAUUUAGGUGUCAUGUCUCCUUGAUUUCCUUCAUUCUGUGACAGUUCUUCAGUCCGUAUUCCUUCAUGGUCAUGACAUUUUAAAAGAGUACUGUGAUUUUUUUCAGUAUUUUGUUGAAUAUCUCUCAAUUUGGCUUUGUCUCUGGUUUCUUAUAAUUAGAUUAAAGUUAUGGUGUUUUGGAAAGAAUAUGUGAUGUGCCCUUCUCAGUGUAUCCUAUCAGUGUAACCAUUACUGGUUAUGUCAGUCCUGACUGCCUGCUUAAGAUGGCUUCUAUCUGGUUACUCCUUCACUUUGUAAUAGGUAUCUUGGGAGAGCUACUUUGAAUCUGUACUGCAAAUACACUGUUUCUUAAACUUUCGCUCACUGUUUAACCACCUAGUGGUGGAUCUUGCCUGCAGUGAUUGUGUAUACAAUAGUCUAUUGGUGAUUUUCUAUUUCCCUCAUUCCCUUCAUAUUUAUUAAUUGAAGUUCUUCUGUAAGGGAGACCUGCCCCUCUUCCCUCCUUAUUUAUUUAUUCAGUUAUUUAUUUUUAUCAAUAUGGAUUCAUAGGUAUUUUAUUCUAUGGGUUAUAAUUUAUUGUAGCAUUAUUGGUUUUGUUGCUCAAAUGUUCUAGCUUUGGUAUUGGCAGAUCUUUUAGUUUGGCUUCUGUGCCCUUUGGACAUGCUGCUUUUUUUUUUUUUUUUUUAAGUUUAUUUAUUUUGAGGGGGAAGAGGGGCAGAGAGGGAGGAAGAGAGAACCUAGCGCGCUUGAAUCUGUGAGAUCAUGACCUGAGCUGAAGUCAAGAGUCAGGUGCUUAAAUGAUUGAAUAACCCAGGUGCCCCCCCUCAGUACUGAUACUUUAAAAAAAAAAAUUUUUUUUUAGUGUUUAUUUAUUUUUGAGAGAUGGAGAAAGAGCACAAGUGGGGAAGGAGCAGAGAGAGAGGGAGACACAGAAUCCAAAGCAGGCUCCAGGCUCUGAGCUGUCAGCACAGAGCCUGAUGCGGGGCUCGAACUCACGAACGAUGAGAUAAUGACCUGAGCUGAAGUCGGCGCUUAACCAACUGAGCCACCCAGGUGCCCCAGUAUAUUAAAUUCUUAAAAAAAUUUUUUUUUAUAUUUAUUUAUUUUCGAGAGGGAGAGAGUGCAAGCAGAAGAUGGGCAGAGAGAGAGAGAGAGAGGGAGACACAGAAUCUGAAGCAGGCUCCAGACUCAGCUGUCAGCACAGAGUCCGACAUGGGGCUCGAACCUACCAACGGCAAGAUAAUGACCUGAGCUGUAGUCAGAUACUUAACCAACUGCGCCAUGCAGGUGCCCCAGCAUAUUAAAUUCUUGUUAGUAGUUUAUAUUACUGCUUUUUCUCUCAAGGUAGCUAGGGAAAUAAAUUACUGAAAGAAUUAGGGCUGUGAUGGGUAUAGGUACAAGACACUGAUACAUUUUGACUUUAAAGUAUUUGAAAAAUAUUUCUGAAGGGGCCCCUGGAUGGCUCAGACAGUUAAGCAUCAGACUAUUGAUUUCAGCUCAGGUCAUGGUCUCAUGGUUUGUGAGUUUGAGUCCUGCAUAGGGCUCUGUGCUGACAGUGCAGAGCCUGCUUGGGAUUCUCUGUCUCUGCCCCUCCCAUUGCUCGCUCUCUCUUUCAAAAUAAACAAAUAAACUUAAAAAAAUUUUUUUCUAAAGCAAUACCAGUUUGUUGUAGAGAAAUUAGAAAAGUGAGUUGAGGAAAAAAGACCACUCAGGCAGGACCAAAAUUAAUGUUUGGAUGUAUAUCUUCCUAGUUUUCCUAUUUUUUUUGUUUUGUUUUUAUUUUAACUUGUUUUAUGUUUUAUUUUUUUUUAAUUUACAUCCAAAUUAGUUAGCAUAUAACUAAUAGUUACGUAGUACCUAGUUACAUAGUACAUAGUUACAUAGUUUCGUGUCCCUUCGAAACAGCAUACCUGUAUCCCUUGGAUAAAUGCCUAGUAGUGCAAUUGCUGGGUCAUAGGGUAGCUCUAUUUUUAAUUUUUUGAGGAACCUUCAUACUGUUUUCCAGAGUGGCUGCACCAGCUUGCAUUCCCACCUAGUUUUUCUAUUUGCAUAUCCAUGUAUAACAAACACAUAUUUAAAUAUUAAAAAGUAGAAAACCACAGAAUACUGUUUUAUAAUUUGCUUUUUCUGCUUAACUAUAUAUUAUGAACAUCAUUUUCUGAAAUCAAAUUUAAAGUAUGGCUCAGUAGGUAUUUGUUGAGUACUUAACAUGUAUUGGACACUAUACUAGGCAUAAGUACCAGGAAAACAGUAGCAAACAUUUUUAAUGGCUACAUUGUAUUCAGUUAUAUGGGUGUAUCACAGUUAAUCAAUAUCCUAUUGUAUUUUUGAGUUUUGUUUGUUUGUUUGUUUUUUAAGUAAACUACACCCAACAUGGGGCUCAAACUCAUGACGCGGAGAUCAGAAGUCACAUGUUUUACUAACUGAGCUAGCCAGGCACCCCUUGAAUUGUUUUUAAUUAAAAAAAGAAAUUAUGAACAGUGCUGUAGUCGUUAUCCUUGUAGCUAAAUCUCUGGAACAUCAUUAUUUCCUAAAUUAUUCCUGGCCUUUUUUUUUUUUUUUUUGGAUAUAUUUUUUUAAGUUUAUUUAUUUUGAGAGAGAGAGAGAGAGAGAGUAUGAGCAGGGGAGGGGUGGAGAGAGAGGGAAUCCCAAGCUUAUAGCGCAGAGACUGGCUGAUGUGGGGCUCCAACUCACUAACUGUGAGACAUGACCUGAGUGAAGCCAAGAGUCGGAUGCUUAACUGACUGAGCCACCCAGGUGCCACUGGCCUUUUAAUAGCUGAAUGUAGGUUAAUUCAAGCCUGUUCACCCUCUCACUCCCUGUUUUUUUUUUUUUUUUCAAGUUUAUAUAUUUAUUUUGAGAGAGAAAGAGAGAGGGAGGGAGAGAGAGAGAAAAAGAGAAAACACAUGGGGGGAGGAGCAGAGAGAUUGGCAGAGAGAGAAUUUCAAGCAGUCUCCUUUCAGUGCGGGCUGGAACUUACCAUGAGAUCAUGACCUGAGCUGAGAUCAAGAGUCAUAUGCUUAAUUUUAAUUGACUGAGCCAACCAGGUGCCCCAAAGCUGAUAUCUUGGUAUAUGUGAAGUAAGAGUGUGAAUACCUUGAAUUCUGCUAAUGGGGGAUCCAUAGUUUUUGGAUUUACGUAUGAGGAAGUUGCUAUUCUAGUUUGAAUAUUGAAAAAUAAGAGUUUAAAAAAUUAUUUAUUUAUUUAUUUUGAGAGGGUGGGGAUGGGGAGACAGAGAGUAAGAGGGAGAGAGAAUUCUAAGUAGGCUCUGCACUUCAGAGGGCUGAAUCUCAUGAACCAUGAGAUCAUGACCUGAGCAGAGAUCAAGAGUCCGACACUUAAUCAACUGAUCCAUCCAAGCACCCUGAAAAAUAAGACUUUUAUUCUUCCUUGAUAACAAAGAUGUUAAAUGCAAAAUCAGAGGAUGUUCGUGUUCAGUCAUCACUGUCCAAACUCAGAAGCUCAGAACGCUGGGAUCUCCCUUUGCAGGGGUGGAAAAGAAGCCUAAGAAAUAAGGUCCUCUCUCUAGACCAUAAAAGUAGAAAAAGUGUUCGUGGGCGUCCUGUCACCUCUAAGACAUCACCAGAAAGGCAACUCAAAGUUGUGUUGACGAAUGUCCUAUGGACGGAUUUAGGACGAAAAUUCAGAAAGAUCCUACCUAGAAACGAUGCUAAUUUGUGUGAUGCCAACAAGGUGCAAUCAGACUCAUUGCCUUCGACAUCUGUUGACAGCCUAGAGACAUGUCAAAAAUUAGAACCUCUUCACCAAAGCCUUAAUUUAUCUAAAAGGAUACCCAGAGUUAUAUUGACGAAUGUCCUGGGAACGGAGUUAGGAAGAAAAUACAUAAAGACCUCAUCUGUAACUGAGGCCAGUUUGGGUGAUACAGACAACUUGCAAUCAGAGCAGCUUUCUUCAUCAUCUGAUGGCAGCCUAGAGUCUUGUCAAAAUCUAAAUCCUCACAAGAGCUCCUUUUUAUCUGAAAGGGAUUCACAACCAAGUAAGACUGUAGAUAAUAAUUAUGCAAAGCAAGCCUCACACACUAAAGAAAAGCAAAGAGAUGAUGAUGGCAUUUCUCUUGUAAUGUCUGAUGCUCAAGCUAAAGACCUCAGUAGUGGAAGUAGAGGUUGUGAUCAUCUUGAAGAGGGGAGCAAAAAUAAGGAUGAUACAUUUUCUGAUUCAAAAAUGGAACCCACUCUGACUUCCAGGAAGAGAAAGAAAAGGCUUAGAAGUAAUUUACCUGAUUCUCAUAAUUCUACUUCUUUGCAUGAGUCAGCAGAACAGAUAAUAAAACAAGAAAAUGACUCUACAGUAUCUGCCGAGUUUAAAAAGUCAAGUGAAAACUAUCAUCAAGACUCAAAAGUGCUUGAAGAAAUUACACCUGAACCUAUAGAAAGUGAUUUUGCUAAACUAUCCUCACUUGAUAGUCAGGAGUUGGCUUUGAGUGCUGCUCCCAAAAGUACCUCUGACUCUUCAGCCACUGAAACUUUUGAGAGCUCUAGUUCCACUGAUUCCAUGGGGAAUUCUACCCUGGUUGAGAAGAAUGAGAGUGAGUUGAAUGUAAUAGAAAAGCCUGCUUUAAGUGAACACAGUGAAGGGAACCAGUCUUUGGUAUCCGUUGAACCAAUUGUUGUUUCCAGUGAUGAAGAAGGACCUGUUGAACAUAAAAGUUCAGAAAUUCUUAAGUUACAACCUAAGCAAGACCAUGUCAUCACUAAUGACAAUGAGAGUACUUCUGAAGCAGCAUUGUCAGAACCAUUGAUGACAUGUGAAUCUGUACAGGCUUCAUCUGAAUUAUGUCCAUAUAAUCCUGUCAUGGAAAACAUUUCCUGUAUUUUACCUAGUAAUGACAUGGAUCUACAACUGGAUUUUAUAUUUACUUCUGUUUAUAUUGGUAAAAUAAAAGGAGCUUCUAAAGGUUGCGUUACAUUCACGACAAAGUAUGUUAAGAUCCCAUUUCAAGUCUCCCUGAAUGAGGUUUCAUUGCUAGUGGAUACCACACAUUUAAAGAGGUUUGGGUUAUGGAAAAAUAAGGAUGAUGAUCACAGUAAAAGGAAUCAAGCUAUCCUUUUCCUUUGGGUCUCUGCAAAUUAUCUUCAAGAGAUUCAGACCCAACUAGAAAACUCCAUAUUAAGCCAGCACUCAAAAUCUAGUGAAUUCAUUUUUCUUGAGCUAUACAAUCCUAUUUCGCAAAGAGAAGAAUUGAAAUUAAAAGAUAUUAUGACAGAAAUAAGUACAACCAGUGGAGAAUUGGAACUUUCUUAUCCAUUGUCUUGGUUUCAGGCACUUCCUUUAUUUCAGAACCUCUCUUCAAAAGAAAGUUCUUUUGUUCAUUAUUAUUGUGCUUCGACUUAUUCUUUUCCUGCUGUUGCUGCUGAAGAAAUGAAGAUGAAAUCAGUGUCUCAGCCUUCAAAUAUGGAUAGAACCAAGCCUACUUACACCUUCCUACAGAAGCAAACUAGCGGUUGCUACUCACUUUCUAUUACAUCUAAUCCAGAUGAAGAAUGGCGAGAAGUCAGGCACACGGGACCUGUUCAGAAGUUGAUUGUAUAUCCUCCACCACCUACUAAAGGGGGAUUAGGAGUAACUAAUGAAGAUCUGGAAUGCUUAGAAGAAGGAGAGUUUCUUAAUGAUGUAAUCAUUGAUUUCUAUCUUAAAUAUCUUAUAUUGGAGAAGGCAUCAGAUGAACUUGUUGAACGAAGUCACAUUUUUAGUAGCUUUUUCUAUAAAUGCUUGACAAGAAAAGAAAAUAAUUUGACUGAAGAUAAUCCAAAUCUUUCAAUGGCACAGAGGAGACAUAAAAGAGUAAGAACAUGGACUCGUCACAUAAACAUCUUUAACAAAGAUUACAUCUUUGUGCCUGUAAAUGAGUCAUCUCAUUGGUAUCUUGCUGUCAUUUGUUUUCCAUGGUUAGAAGAAGCUGUAUAUGAAGAUUUUCCACAAACUGUAUCCCAGCACUCACAGGCUCAGCCAUCUCAACAUGACAACAAAAUAAUAGAUAAUGAUGUACAUACUACUUCAACACUGUCCUUGGGCACAGAGGAUUCCCAAAGUACCGAGACAAAUAUAUCAGUACCAGUACCAAAGAAAAUGUGUAAAAGGCCAUGCAUUCUCAUACUAGAUUCCUUGAAAGCUGCUUCUAUACAAAACACAGUUCAGAAUUUACGAGAGUAUUUAGAAGUAGAGUGGGAAGUUAAACGAAAAACUCAUCGUGAAUUCAGCAAAACAAACAUGGUGGACCUAUGCCCUAAAGUUCCUAAACAAGAUAAUAGCAGUGAUUGUGGAGUAUAUUUACUGCAGUAUGUGGAGAGCUUCUUUAAGGAUCCUAUUGUUAAUUUUGAACUUCCAAUUCAUUUGGAGAAAUGGUUUCCUCGUCAUGUAAUAAAGACCAAACGGGAAGAUAUUCGAGAGCUCAUUUUGAAACUUCAUUUACAGCAACAGAAGGGCAGCAGUAGCUAGUUAAUCUGUACAAACAUGACACAGAUGUCCUAUAAGAUUACUGGAAAGCUGCUUACCAGCAUUUGUGUUAGUCAGCUCACAGAGAAGAAAAUAACUUGUGGUAGUUUUAUAAGUCAUUGAACAUUAUUUAAAAUAAAUAAGAUAUAUUAUUAGAUUGUUGGGAUCUGAUAGAUGUAGUGGGAAAUGGGGGUGAUAUAGAGAAACUUAUUAGAAAUUAAACUUUCAUAAAUAUUUGAUAUUUUUCUGAUCAAAUUUGCUUCUGAUUAUGCAAUAGCAUAUGUAAAUGUGGGAAUGUUUUUGUAGAUAAUAAAACCAAGUGAUCUGUACUUCCAUAUAACUGGGAGUUGAGGGGAGUUAGGUCCUCCCUGGUGCCAGCCCCAGUGCUUGUCACAUUUGUUGACAAGUCACAUUAUAUUGUAAUACUAUUCUUUGCGGCUCAAGCAUGCAAUAUGAAUACUAUGUAUUUUUUUAAAGAAGAAUUUAGUAUUAAGGCUUCAGAAAAUGCCAUUUACGGCAUCCUUUCUGUAUAGUGUAAAAGAAGACAUGAUGUUAGGAAGAUGAUUGAAAUUGACUCUUUCAAAGCGCAGCUUAUUUUUCUCAGUUGCUAAAUGGAAUUGUUACUCUGCUGUGAUUGUUACAUGUUUUCUUUUUCUUUUGAUGUCAUAUAUGGGGAUCUGGGAAAUUAGUUCAUUCAUUCAGAAUGAAGUUUGGAACAAAAAAAAUUUAGCUACCCAAAAUAGGUUUUUACAAUGACAUUUGUAGCUCAACAUAGUUCUUUGAGGUAAUAGCUAUAUCAAUAUUGACUUCUAUCCUAUUCUGAUAUCCUAGAAUAUACGUACACACUUUCUGUAAGUAUCAAAGAUAAAAUUGAUGUCCUCAUAACUUUAAUUAAAGAAUACCCUCAAAAUCUUAUUUAUUAAUUGUUAGAACUAAAUAUAUAAUUUUAUAGUUCUGUUUACCCAGUAUUUAUCUGCAAAGUCAGAUUGCUCGAAUUGCUUUUAUAUUUUUAAAUUGUAGUUUUUAGAGACCUAUGAUCCCUAUGAAGCAUAAGUUUUUAUUAAAUGUUUAGGGAACAGUUUUGAAUUCAUGUGAUGAUGGUGGUAUUAUAUGUGAUUAAACACUUACACUUUACAACCUUUUCCUAAUGUUAUCAGGAAAAUUUUGAGGGGACAAUUAUAUUGUAUUUUCUCAGAUUAAAAAAACAUGUUUUUUAAGAAUAUUAUUUUAAUCUUCUGUUUUAAGUAUCUCUUGGAUUUAUAUUGUUAACUGUAUAUAAAGCAGUGAAGCAAAGGCAAUUUAAGAUAAAGCUAAAAAUUGGAACAUUUUAUUUCAAAAUCAUGUGAAUUUGAAGUCAGUUAAGCCUCAGUAUUUUUGAAUUUUUGUUAAUCUUGUCACCAUCUUUAUAUUGUUAAAGAUAUUUGUCUUUUGGAGAUUUCUCAGAAAGAUGAUUAUAAUUACAUGAUUUUAUUCCCAGUAUGUGUGUGUAUGGGAGGGGAUUUUUUUAAAAUGACUAUUAAUUAUUUUGUACAUCUAACUUUGGGAAAGCAAGUAUGUAAUACAUCUUCAUAUGACUUCUUAACUUUUGUGUUUGUAUGUUUUUCAAAGGUACCACUGUCCUUUAUCAUGUUUUGAAGAUUGUUUAAAAUUCAUUUUCCUAAAUUCAUGUGGAAAUAAUGUGUUGAGAAUAUCAACAUUUUAUAUUAAACAUGUUUCCAAUUCAUCAAAUUAAGGUGUAAUUUUCCUUUCUUAAGAAUCAUGAGCCAUUCUUAGAAAUAAAUUGUUGAAUUUAUAAUACCCAGUGCAUCUCUAAUAACUGAUGGUUAGAUGAAUUUUUCUUUCUGCCUUAACAAGCAUAUAGUUAAUUUGAUUGUUCAGGAGACAUUUUUGGAGCAUGUACUAUUAGCAGGCAGUUUGCUAGGUACAAAACAAUGAACCCCAGCUUUUAUUCCUGAGUCAUUUAUAGCUAAUGGGAGAAAUGGACAUAUGCAUAGUUUUAAUAUUACUGGUAAAAAUGAUCAUAGAGUUUCUUGGGGGCUCAGGAGGGAAUUCAGCCUUGCUGCAUGUGUGUGUGUGUGUGUGUGUGUGUGUGUGUGUGUGUGUGUGUAUGUGAGAGAGAGAGAGAGAGAGGUGGCGGGGGAGAGAGAGUGAGAUGUGGUAGAGAGGUAGUAAGAGGGUUGUCACUGGACAGGGAAAGUCUUCCUAGAGAAGAUAAUACUAAUUUUAAUUUGCAACUCUUGGGAUAAACAAAAGUGGUAGCUUUUUUUUUUUUUUUUUUUUUUUUUUAUUUUUGUCAUAUCUGAUCACUUAACUAGGAUUUAGGAAAAGUUUAAUGCCUCUUAUAAUCAGUUUGUUUUCUUUUUAUGUUAUGGGGGAAAUAGGGUUCUUGUCAUACAGAGCCAUUUCUAACCUGGUUCUAAUCUAUGUGCUGUCCUCUUCUUUCCACUGUCACCUACUUUUUAAUUCUAUAAAAUUACUCAUUUAUGCUGUAAUUGCUUUUGGCUUAAUACCAAGCUUAAGCCUUUUAUUCAUAGCAAAUUAUCUUGGGUUUUCUUUCUUUCAGUAAUGUUUAUUUGGAAAUGUGCUGAACUAAAAUAAAUAUGAAAUGUCAUCUGUAUUCAGUAUUUUUUUUUUUUUUAAUUGUGAAAACGACCUGUAAUUGUUGAACUAUGUCUGGACUGGGAGAACUGUGAGUGGACUUGUAUACUCUGAAGGCUUGCUUGACUGGAAGUAUAUAAAACCUUAUGGGAAAUCAUAGGCUUUUCCUUCCUUCUGUAGAGUCUCUUGUAACUGAGCUUGAUCUUGUGGAAAUUUGGGAACAUUGUCCAGGAGCUGCUAAAAGACAAACUUCUGUGGGUAUGUGGCUUCCCUGUCUACACCCACCUACCUGGUCUCUUCUCUUAAAACUGAGUACAUCCCUUUGAGGGCUGAAGAUAUCGGGGUUGACUAUUUUAGAAUUCUCAAGAGAAAUGUGCUUUAAAUCUUUACAAAACUUUUCUUUUUUCAGGGGCUCCUGGUGGCUCAGUCGGUUAAGUGUCCAACUGUGGCUUAGAUCAUGAUCUCACGGUUCGUGAGUUGGAGCCCCGCAUUGGGCUCCCUGCUGUCAACACAGAGCCUGCUUCAUAUCCUCUUCUCCUCCCCCACUAAUGUGCGCUCGCGCACGCACACACACACACACUGUCUCUCUCUCAAAAAUAAAUAAAAACAAAACUUUUUUUUUUUUU